GCUCACAGUGUCAACAUUAUACGCACGUAGAGUAUCAUCUGCGACUGCUAGCACGGGAGUUCUCUCAAGAGUUCCCAUCUUUGCCACCUGCCUCUGCGAACCGGGCUCUUGAAAUCUCUGCACGCAAACAAUUCCUAAAUAGCCCGUGUAUAGGUUGCGACUCGUGGUAGACGGCGAGCGACGGCGCAAGCGACGCUGGCAUCGUUUACUAGUCUUUGCUUCGGCUGCCAGCUCUGAUACGCCUGAGCUGAGCAAUACAGUUCUCUUCACCUGGGUCAGCAUUAUCAUUGGUCCGCCGCGCGUGGCUCUGCUCCUCGUGCGGCUACGCGACCUGGACAUGCGGGGCUUUCUUGACUAGCUCACAGGGCCCUUUCAGCGUUCUGUGCUUUCUCCCAGGGACAGCUAUCCGCGCAGUAACACAGGGCAAUCACACACUAAGCCAUGGGCGGCUGCCUGAGCCGCACGGAAGUGUCGGAGGUCGACGUUGCGGUCACACCCCGGCGCCGGUCGAGCCGUACCGGAGGCCGCGGAGGCAACCGCUCAAACCGGGGACAAUCGUAUGUGAUGAGAACAUACACGCCUCCUCCUCCGCCUCCCAUCUUCGGCUGUGAGGGCGAGUACAAGGUGAUGGAGCUGCUGGGCACAGGCGGCACGGGCCAGACGUGGCUGUGCCAGCACCACGAGACGGCGCGCCGCGUGGCGGUCAAGUUCGUGCCGCGGCCGCUGCCGCCCGUGCUGGUGCCGCUCAUAAGCAUGGAGCUGCAGCUGCAAGCCAGCCUGAGCGAGGGGCACCUGGGUCUGGUGCGCCUGGAGUCGGCCAUGCUCAGCCGCACACACCUAGGCCUGGUCAUGGAGUAUGUGGACGGGGGCACGCUGACGCAGUACGUGAGCAAGCGCACGGAGACACGGGACGAGCGCGGCGGGCUGAACCUCACGGAGGACGAGGCGCGGUACAUGUUCCGCCAAAUGGUGUCUGCGGUGGAGCACCUGCACUCUUCGCACGUGGCGCACCGCGACCUGAAGAUGUGCAAUGUGGUGCUCAGCUCUACAUACCCGCCCGCGCUCAAGCUGUGCGACUUCGGCUUUGCAAAGAACUUCGACAACGAGGACAGCAAGAUGCACACCUGCAUCGGCACGCCCGUGUACAUGUCGCCCAACCAGCUGGCCACCGCGGCAGCGAACAAGAAGACGCCGACGCCGCCCACGCCCUUCCCCGGCAAAGCCGUCGAGCUGCCGCCGCCUGAGCCAACACCAGCGGUGAAGGCGCAGGCCGACGCCGACACCGCGGCCGGCGACCUGUCGGAUGCGACGCCGGUGCUCUCCUACAGCGCACGGGCGGCGGAUGUGUGGGCGUGCGGUGUGAUGCUGUUUGCCAUGCUGCUAGGCCGAUUCCCCUUCGACCAUGAGAACCACCCCGACCCCAACUCCAGCGAUGCGCAGGUCGAGGUGUGGAAGGAGCAGGUGCGGGCCAGCGGCGAGGACUGGCAGAAGAUGCCACGUGUGGCGCCGUACGUGCGCCUGUUGAGCGACUCGUGCCGGGACCUGCUAGGCAAGAUGCUGCAGUUUGAGGAGGCGGACCGGAUCAACAUCUCCGGCAUCCGGGAGCACCCCUGGUUCAACCUGCCGCUGCCCGAGCACCUGGACAAGACGCUUACGGAGCUGGAGGGCCGGCAGCAGCGGCAGCACCAGCGGCUGGCCAAGGUCGCGCCGGCGCAGGUCGCCGCGCGCGACGCGGCCAUUAAGGAUCUCGUGCUGCGCGCCUCGCGUGUACCGGGCCAGCGGGCCAACGGUGGCGUGGGCGGAACGCGCCGCCCGCCGCCGCUCAGCAUUCUCAACCCAGGGCUGUUUGCGGCAAUCCAGGAGGCUGACCGGGAGAGCGACAGCCCCCGCACGCCUGGCCGGAGCACGCCCGCUGGCGACGGCUCGCAGACUCCGCGGCGUGUGACGUUUGCUCAGUCGGCGCCGGACUCGGAGCGGCCCACGGGCCCGGCAUGCAGUGAGGCGGCCGUGUCGUCAGCGCAGGUGGAGGUGGGCCUGGAGGAUGGCGGCAGCAACGCCGGCAGUGACAAGGGCGACUGCAAGGCUGAUACGGGCGAGAACGUGACGCCGCCUGACGCGGUCGACGAGGGGAAGUUCAUCACGCUGGACCUGUCUUCCGCGGCGUGGGCGGCAAAGCAGGUUACGCUGCCGCUUGAGCCCGCCGCGCCCGUUCCGCAGCAAGGCGACCCGCCAGCGCCAGUGCCAUCAGAGGCUUCAGCGCCGGCAGCCGCUGGCGAGGAUGCCGAGUCCGCCUCCGCGUCCGCAACAGGCGUUGCGGAGUCCGGUGUCGCGACGAGACUUGCAGCGGGCGCGGUGGCCGAGGCGGCCAUUGCGCAGGCCCGCGUAUCGCACGCGCGCUCCUCGGCGGCCUGCGGCUCGCCGCCUGCGGCAUCCCUGGCUGCCAGCACCGCCACCAGCCUGCUCACCAACAACAGCAGCGCUACGCUGGGUGCUCCGGCAGUCAGCGGCAGCGCCAACGCCUUUCAAGAUGCCACGGCUGCAGGCCUGGCGGCGGCGGUGGACGCGGCUGUGGCUGCUGUGGCGGCCGCGGCGGUGAGUAAGGAGACUAAGGACAAGGCAGCAAGCCGUGAUCCGGAGCCAUCAAAGGCAGCGUCGUCGAGCGGCGACGGACGUGCCUCCGGCGGCUCCGCCAACGCCCCGUGCACACCUGACAACACGCUGGGUCCAGCCAUCAAGGUGUCGGCAUGAGAGCGCUAUUUUAUGGAGCGCAUGAUAUAGCGCGUCUUGACUUUGAGCCAGUACUCAGAUGGAGUGAUGCUCUGGGGACGGCUCUGUGACUAAGCAUCCCUUGAAGUGGUGGCGUUUUGCGCCGUGUGCCGCUGCAGCAUGCGGCAGAUUGCACGGGGCCUCCCGAAAGGACAGUGACCGCGGGGACAUGUGAUAUGGGAAGGGCAGCAUUGAGUACGACUAGAUAACGCGUCGUGUUUUGUUACCGUUUAAAAUGUCUGGUGUCCUUUGGUUGCGCCGUGCUUCUUGGUGCAGCUGAUCUUUACCUUGUGGUCACUUCAAGGAGGAAGGCAGACACACGUACAACCGAACGUUUGUCGUUGACCGCCGCCGGAAGGCUGGUUGAGGUGUGGCUGAGUCUGUCGGCGAAGAGCCGGCUGUGACUAUGACAUGGCACUUGCCUCUUCCACGGCAUUGCUUGUGACUGAGGGAGGACGCAUGAGGUAAAGCUCCCCACGUGGGAUGAGGAAUUGUGACCCGACGGUAAUGCCCCUCUUUUAUGGUAGUACAUACUGCGCGGAACUGUUAUGGAUGCCGAUGGGCAUCAAGGAGUAAUCAAAAUGCAGUGCCGAUCAUGCUGGGUGCACGCUGCGGCGCCCCUUCUUUCUUUUAUCUAGUGAACAGAUCUACACUGCAUUGAUGAUGUCUGGGUGGCUGGGUGGUGCUGAGCAAUGGAAGGUCCAUGCAUACGGCUGGUGUUCAAGGGGCAUGGCAAAACUUAGUAUAAUUUAGGUUUCUAGGACAGCUCCGACGCACCUCCAAAACUAACUCGUGUACGGCACCCCAACCCCACUCAGCCGUACAUGUGUUUCUGUGGCCUGUGGGAGUCGGCAGCUGCGCGCGUGGGAGCGGGUAGUUGUACGGCGACCCGGCUCGGAAGCUACCUGACUAUAGUGACGCGGGUCGUUCGCGGAUGUCGGUAGGCGCGCGAAGGGGAGCGGAUAAUUGAGUGCGCACGCGUGUGGGAAGCUGCGACAGUGUACGGCGGAGCUCGGCGGGCUGGCAGUUGGCGCGCCGCGCGAGUGGGAGUGCAUAAUCGUGCACGCGCCGUUUGGGAACACUAGGGCGCAAAAGUCGCGUCCAGCGACCUGCACCCCAAGACACUCCGCCCAUUGAAUUGAUACCCUCUAUUUACAGAAAUGCCCCGCACUCUGUAAGCUGCUUCCUAG